UGUGUCUGUCUGUAUGCAUGUGUAGAUAUGUUUAGGUAUGUAUGUAUUGUGUCUGUGUUUGCGUGUGUAUAUAUGUGUGAAUAUGCAUCUGUGUGUCCGUAUGUGUUGUCCAUAUGUGUCUGUAUCUAUGGCUCUGUUUGUGUAUUUGCAUGUAUGUGUGUGUGAAUGUGUGUAUAUGUGUGUAUAUUGUAUGUAUCUGUGUGUGUCUCUGUGCCUGUGUCUGUGUAUGUGUUUGUGUGUACGUUUGUGUGUGUGUAUAUAUGUAUGUGUGUGUAUGUUUAUGUGUAUAUCUGUAUAUAUCUUUGUGUGUCUGUGUGUAUGUGUUGUACAUGUGUGUGUUGUGUGUUUGUGUGUGUGUGUGUAUGUAUCUGUGUGUCUCUGUGCCUGUGUCUGUGUAUGUGUGUGUUUGUGUCUGUGUGUACGUUUGUGUGUGUGUAUAUGUUUAUAUGUGUGUGUAUGUCUAUGUGUAUAUCUGUAUAUAUCUUUGUGUGUCUGUGUGUAUGUGUUGUACAUGUGUGUGUUGUGUGUGUUUGUGUGUGUGUGUGUAUGUAUCUGUGUGUCUCUGUGCCUGUGUCUGUGUAUGUGUGUGUUUGUGUGUGUAUAUGUUUAUAUGUGUGUGUAUGUCUAUGUGUAUAUCUGUAUAUAUCUUUGUGUGUCUGUGUGUAUGUGUUGUACAUGUGUGUGUUGUGUGUGUUUGUGUGUGUGUGUGUAUGUAUCUGUGUGUCUCUGUGCCUGUGUCUGUGUAUGUGUGUGUUUGUGUGUGUAUAUGUUUAUAUGUGUGUGUAUGUCUAUGUGUAUAUCUGUAUAUAUCUUUGUGUGUCUGUGUGUAUGUGUUGUACAUGUGUGUGUUGUGUGUGUUUGUGUGUGUGUGUGUAUGUAUCUGUGUGUCUCUGUGCCUGUGUCUGUGUAUGUGUGUGUUUGUGUCUGUGUGUACGUUUGUGUGUGUGUAUAUGUUUAUAUGUGUGUGUAUGUCUAUGUGUAUAUCUGUAUAUAUCUUUGUGUGUCUGUGUGUAUGUGUUGUACAUGUGUGUGUUGUGUGUGUUUGUGUGUGUGUGUAUGUAUCUGUGUGUCUCUGUGCCUGUGUCUGUGUAUGUGUGUGUUUGUGUCUGUGUGUACGUUUGUGUGUGUAUAUGUUUAUAUGUGUGUGUAUGUCUAUGUGUAUAUCUGUAUAUAUCUUUGUGUGUCUGUGUGUAUGUGUUGUACAUGUGUGUGUUGUGUGUGUUUGUGUGUAUGUGUGUGUGAAUGUUUGUGUAUAUGUGUGUAUAUCGUAUGUAUCUGUGUGUCUCUGUGCCUGUGUCUGUGUAUGUGUGUGUUUGUGUCUGUGUGUACAUUUGUGUGUGUGUAUAUGUCUAUAUGCAUGUGUGCAUGUUUAUGUGUAUAUCUGUAUAUAUCUUUGUGUGUCUGUGUGUAUGUGUUGUACAUGUGUGUGUGUGUGUUUCUGUGGGCAUCUUGAGGGAUGCUUCCAACAAUCUCACAGAGGCAAAGCAGCCACAGUCGUCUGUUCUGCUCUCUUGGGUACUUCCCAGACCAGUGAAAUGAAAGGCAGGAAACCCCCGGCCUCCGAGGAGAAAAGGGAACUGGCAAGCGGAGGGUGGGGAGAUGACGGUAAGUGGAGCAGGGUGGGGAGAGCACAGGCCGUGUGUGUGCACAUGUGAUCACGUCCAGGGAAUGACACUGUGGCAUCCCACAUCCAGAGACUCCCUGGAGCGACUAGGGACCAGCAGCCCAUGGGGAACUUAGUAGGAGUCAAAUCCCAGCCCCACUCUCCGCUGCUCUGCUCUCUAUCACAUUGUGAGGUGGCCUAGAGGAGGCACAGGCCAGGAGGGAGAGGUCCCAGGAGCCUGUGAAAUGGAUCUGGCCUGGCUCCCAGCUGGGCAGGAGCACAGGACUCCAGGACACUGAGGACCCCACCCGGCCCAUGGCCAGCACCCACCUGUGCUGGCACCUGCUUGUCCAGGGCUGACCAGGGAGAUGACACUGGCCCGGGGGCUGCUCUGCAUGGCCCUGCUGGCCCUGUGCUGGGGGCACAGCCUGGCAGGGGAAGAAGAAACUGUCCCGAUGCAGACGCUUCGCUGCUACAAUGACUACACCAGCCACAUCACCUGUAGGUGGGCGGACACGCAGGACGCCCAGCGGCUCGUCAAUGUGACCCUCAUUCGCCGGGUGAAUCACAGGGACCCUCCGGAGCCAGUGUCCUGCGACCUCAGCGAUGACAUGCCCUGGUCAGCCUGCCUGCAUCCCCACUGUGUGCCCAGGAUAUGUGUCAUUCCCUACCGGAGUUUUGUCAGCUCUGACACUGACCGCUUCUCAUUCGAACCAGACAGGCCUCUGGGCACCCGGCUCACCGUCGCUCUGACCCAGCAUGUCCAGCCUCCUGCGCCCAAGGACCUGCAGAUCAGCACCCACCAGGACCACUUCCUGCUGACCUGGAGUGUGGCCCUGGGGGUUCCCCAGAGCCAGUGGCUGUCCCAGGGGGACCUGGAGUUUGAGGUGGUCUAUAAGCGGCUCCAGGACUCUUGGGAGGAUGCAGCCAGCCUCCUCUCCAAUGCGUCCCAGGCCACCCUGGGGCCGGAGCACCUCAUGCCCAGCAGCACCUACGUGGCCCGAGUGCGGACCCGCCUGGCUUCAGGUUCUCGGCUCUCAGGACGUCCCAGCAAGUGGAGCCAAGAGUUUUACUGGAACUCCCAGCCAGGGGACGAGGCCCAGCCCCAGAACCUGCAGUGCUUCUUCGACGGGGCUGCCGUGCUCAGCUGCUCCUGGGAGGUGAGGUGGGAGGUGGUCAGCUCCGUCUCAUUUGGCCUCUUCUACAAGCCCAGCCCAGAUGCAGGCUCUGCCAUGCUCCUCAGGGAGAAAGAGUGCUCCCCAGUGCUGAGGGAGGAGUUCAGCAGCCUCCACAUCAGACACCACUGUGGGAUUCCUGUGCCCGACCCCAGCACCCACGGCCAGUACAUCGUCUCCGUUCAGCCAAGGAAGGCAGAGAAAUACAUAAAGAGCUCAGAGCACAUCCAGAUGGCCCCUCCAUCCCUCACCGUGAGCAAGAAUGGAGACAGCUACAGCCUGCACUGGAAAGCAAUGAAAAUGCAAUACGAGCACAUAGACCACACAUUCGAGAUCCAGUACAGGAAAAACUCGACCACGUGGGAGGACAGCAAGACCGAGACCCUCCCGAACGCCCACAGCAUGACCCUGCCAGCCCUGGAGCCCUCCACCAUGUACCGGGCCAGGGUGAGGGUCAAGACCUCCCGCAGCGGCUACAAGGGGAUCUGGAGCCAGUGGAGUGAGGAGCGCUCCUGGGAAACUGAGUGGGCGCUGCCUGUAUGGGUGCUGCCGCUCAUCGUGGUGCUCCUCACCCUCGCUGUGCUCGUGGCCCUCCGCUUCUGUGGCAUCUAUGGGUACAGGCUGAGCAGAAAGUGGGAGGAGAGGAUCCCCAACCCCAGCAAGAGCCACCUGUUCCAGAACGGGAUUGCAGAGCGGUGGCCUCCAGGCAGCAUGACGGCCUUCGCCAGCAGGAGCCCCCCAGAGCAGGGGCCGUGGGACAGCCACUUCUAUGAGCUGGAGGGGGUGUUCCUUGUAGGAUUCAAGGACAGUGAGGUAUCACCUCUCACCACAGAGGACCCCAAGCAUGUCUGUGAUCCACCAUCUGGGCCUGACACGACUCCAGCUGCCUCAGACCUGCCCAAAGAGCAGCCCCCCAGCCCCCGGCCAGGUCCACCUGCCCUCUCCCACACGCCUGAGAACCAGGCUUCCAGCUUCGACUUCAACGGCCCCUACCUGGGGUCUCCCCAAAGUCAUUCCCUGCCUGACAGCCUAUGCCAGCUGGAGCCCCCACAGGCAGGUGGCAGCCAGAAGCCCCUGCCUCCAGGAUCCCUGGAAUAUCUGUGUCUCCCUGCUGGGGGGCAGGUACAGCUGGUCCCGCUGGCCCAGUCGACGAGGCAGGGCCAGGCCGUGGACAUGGAGAGGAGACCGAGCCAGGGGGCUGCGGGGAGCCCCUCCCUGGAGUCCAGGGGAGGCCCUGCCCCUCCUGCUUUUACCACAAGGGUGGGAAAACAGGACCCAGAGGACAGCCCUGUGGCUCUGCCCACGAGCUCUAAGGACCCUGAGGACCCUGGAGAGGCCUCUGGUUACGUCUCCUCUGCAGAUCUGGUAUUCCCCCCACAGUCAGGGGCCUCACCUGUCUCCCUGGUUCCCUCUCUGGGCCUCCCUGCAGACCAGACCCCCAGCUUCUGUCCUGAGCUGGCCGGUGGACACCCUGGAGCCCCAGGCCCUGUGAAGUCAGGGUUUGAGGGCUAUGUGGAGCUCCCUCCAACUGAGGCCCAGUCCCCCAGGUCCCCACUGAACAAUCUUGUCACCCCUGAGGCCAGCAGCCCUGUCCUGAACCCAGGGGCAGAUGUAUCCCCAACAUCCCCACACUCCGAGGGCCUCCUUGUCCUGCAGCAGGUGGGCGAGUAUUGCUUCCUCCCUGGCCUGGGGGCUGGCCCUGUCUCACCCCGGAGUAAGCCCACUUCCCCGGGAUCCUGUCCCGAGAUCAGGGACUCGGACCGGGCUUUGCAAGUCAAGAAGCCCCCGGACCAGGCCAUGCCCCAGGUGCCUGUCAUUCAGCUCUUCAAAGCCCUGAAGCAGCAGGACUACCUGUCGCUGCCCCCUUGGGAGGUCAGCAGGCCUGGGGAGGUGUGCUGAGACCCUCAGACCUUGACAGGCGAGGGGACCGAGAGGGCUUGCCUUCCCUCUCGUCCGGCCUUCCUCAGUCAUUUCUGCAAGGUCAAGGGGCGGCCUCCUGUUGAGGUAGCUGGAGGCGUGGGAAAGGAGUCAGCUUUGCUCCGGCCCCCUUGACCUUCAGCAAAUCACUUCUCUUCCUGCGCGCAUGCGCGCGCGCACAUAUACACGCCCACAUUUUUUCCUUGACAUAUUCCAUCUCCCCUUCAUUUUCUUUUUUAUCAAGUUUCCUUGCAUUUGCCAUUUUUCUUCCUCCUGCCACUGAUCUAUUAUGAUAGUGAGGUUGAGGUCUGAGCUGAGCCUUGUCAGACUGAGACGCAUCUGGUUGUGUUUAGGACUUGUGUGGGCUGCCUGUCCCCGGCAGGCACUGAUGCACAUGACAUGAGUCUCAGAUACGUGCAAAGGCGGGAGGUGCCAGGUGGGCACUGUGGGGGUUAGGGCUUGGAAGAGUGGCACAGGUCUGGGCACGCUCAGGGGCCUCAGGGAGUUCAGACUAGCCUCGAUUGUCACUCCGAUAAAUGGGCAUGAGAGGCUGUUUGGGAGCUUCUGGGGAGCCCUGCUGGUUGUCUCAGUGAUGUCUGUGGGGCCUCCAGUCUCCUGAGACCCCAUGUCAUGUAGAGAAGUUAAGAUCCAAGUGAUGGGCAGGCUUGUGAGACCUGGAGAACAUCGGGAGGGGAGUCCAGAACCCACAUCUACUGCAGAAAAGUGCGGGAAAACUGCUAAACAAAGCAAAAUUCUCCCAAAGGCAUAUACACUUUCAGGCUUUUAGUCCAAGUGGCCACUCUUUCAGACAGACCCUGUAACCCUCACUUCCACGGGCCACAGAUGAGGGGCUGCUGGUCUAUGCCUGGGCCUGCAUCAAUGAUUAUGGUUCUUUUAAAUCUUUCCCUUUCGGAUACAUGAAGAAUAGUGGCAUUAAAUUGCUUCAAUUUGCAUUAUUUUAGUUAUCCUGUUUGCACAUAUCUUUAUAGGCAUCUUAGGCAUUGGUUAGUUUUUUUUUUUUUUUUUUUUUUUUUUGCCAAUCAGUUUGAGCUUAUGAGGUUGCUCAGGUUAGCCUUGAACUCAUGACCUCGCCUUCACAAGCACCACGACCUCUGGAGGGAGCCACUUUGGCCCCCGGCAUUGGUUAGUAUUUUUAACUGGGCUAAGUCCAUUAACAGUCUUUGUUCUGUUGGGCGCUAUCCUUUCUCAUUAAGUUUUCUCAGCUAUUUACAUAUGGCCAGAUGGUGGAGUCUUUUUCCCCCAAAUCUGUGGGUUUGUCUUACAAUGUUGUAUGUGAGCCUUUUUGGUGUACAAAUGUGAAUGCUUCUGUGAUGUCAAAGAGCUCCCUAGUAAACCCCUUCUUCACUUUUACUGCCAAAUUUAGAAAGGUCUUCCCACUGCAAAGCAGCGUUUGUCUUAACUGAUAUAUAUUUUUCUAGUUCUUUUUGUGUUUCAAACUUAUCAUGUAAAAUUUUAAUUAUUUUUGAAUGGAUGGAUGUUAGAGAUGCCUUCGGUAUUUGUUGAAAUUAUUUUUCUAUGUAUCUAAAGUGUCACUUUUGUGAUAUAGGAAAUCUUUGUAUAUACACUGUAUCAAUUCCUAGGCUUCCUAUUUUGUUACCUUGUUCUCUCUAUGGCAUCCACCGUUUUGAUUGUUGUAGCUUUAUGAUAUGUUUUAAUAAGUGGUAAAGCAACUGUUCCUGUUAUUUUUGCUCUUAAAUCCCUGUUCAUUACAGCAAUGUUGGUGGUCAAAGAAAAUGAUAAACAACUUAAAUGUUCAAUAAUGCUGAAGUUCAUAACAUUUUACUACAUCGUAAAGUAGAAUCCUCUGUUCAUAAUGAACAUAAUGAAUGUAUUAGAAAGAAGUCUGAGAUAUUAAUUCCAAAAUAUCCAGACAUUGUUAAAGGGGAAAAGAUUGCAAUAAAAUGUUUGUAAUAUAAA